UUAUUUUUUUUGCGCUAGCUGCUGCGGCGCAUGUGCCGAGCUGGUGUGAGUGUGAGCUGCCGCGGCGACGGCGGGCACUCCUGUCUGGUGUGAGCACUGCUGCGCAGGCUUGCCAGCGCGCACCGCUCACCUUUGCCAGCGGACAGCUCAGUGAGGCUACCGGUUAUACAUGCACGCAGUGUCACCAGCGCUGAACGUCGGCGAAGCGCGGCACGCUGUAAAGGGCUCGCUGCUGCCAGGCUGCUGCUAAAACAGGGAGCACAGGCAGUGCACAACUCGCGUUGCCAAUAAGCGGUCGCAAAAACACGACAGCUGUUGCCGGUCGAACGCACGACUGCGCCGGGCGCCGAAACUGCGGCGUAGGCACAGCUGGGCACACCACUCGCACAGCCUGGCCUGCAUGCGCCAGACCGUCGCCGCACUGCUCGCGUGCAAGAUGGCAGCGCUGGCGCCCGUAGAAGUGCGUCUCCGGCCGGCGCUGCGGGAAGACGUCGACGCGCUCUACGCGCUGGAAGCGGCGAGCUACCCGGCCGACGAGGCCGCGUCGCGCGAGGCCUUGGCGUACCGGCAGCGCGAGGCCGGCGACUUCUUCCGCGUCGUGACGAUUGAAGGCGACGACUGCGCGGGCUUCGUCUGCGGCACGCGCUGCGCGACCUUCGAAGAGGAGUCGAUGGCCGCGCACGACCCGGCCGGUUCCAUCCUCGCGAUCCACUCCGUCGUCGUCAAGCCGGCGCUGCGACGGCGCGGCAUUGCCUUGCGAGCGCUCCGGCGCUACGUCCACGACGUGCGACGCGGGAGGACGUGUGCAACCAUCGCCCUCAUCGCGAAGGCGCCCCUCCUGCCGUUGUAUCGCAAGGCGGGGUUCGAGGUUCAGGGCUUGUCGGAGAUCGUGCACGGCCGGGACCCCUGGUUCGAGUGCACGCUGGACGCGACGGCCUUCCCCUACGAGGUCGUCGAUUCCUUCUCUUCCGUAAAAUUUGGGGGCAAUCCCGCGGCCGUCGUCCUGGGCGAAGGGAGCGAGGACUGGAUGAAGGGCGUGGCCGCGGAGUUCAACCUGUCCGAGACCGCGUUCCUACGGUUUAUAGAGGGCAGCCGCUUCGGGCUGAGGUGGCUGACGCCCACGGCGGAGGUCGACUUGUGCGGCCACGCGACGCUCGCGGCGGCGCACUUUCUGUUCGGUCGGGAGGCUUAUGAUGAGCUGAUCUUCGAGACGCGGUCCGGCGAUCUGGUAGCAACGAAGAAGAAUGACUUGAUAGAGCUGGCCUUCCCGCGGGACGACCCCAUGGAGGUCGUGGAUCUCAAAAUCAAGGGCCAGCUGCUCAAGGCUCUGAGCGUCGAGGACAUCGUCAGUGUCCACCGGUCGGGCCAGCGCGAUCUGCUCGUGACGUUGACGGCGGAGGCGUUUCAGAGCAUGAACGUGGACCUGGCGAAGAUUAACGAGAUCGAGCGCAUCCGGGGCGUCGUCCCCUGCUGCGCCGGCGACGUGCGCGACGAGGGCCAAGCGGACUUCUCGUCGCGGUUCUUCGGGCCGGCGGUGGGCAUCGACGAGGACCCCGUGACGGGGAGCGCCCAUUGUGCGUUGGCGCCCUUGUUCAUGAAGCGCUGCGGCGGCAAAAGCCGGUUGGUGGGCUACCAGGCGUCGGCGCGCGGCGGGGAGGUCGUGUGCGACGUGGCGGGGCCGCUCGUGAAGCUGAGCGGGCGGGCGACGGCGGUCAUGGCCGGGGUUGUAAAGUCUUAAGAGGUAUGAUUAUGAACAGCUAUGGACAACAUAUGUACAGUUCGAUCGGCGA